UUGAGUUGGAUUGGCAGCGAGACGUAGCAGUAUGCCUAAACUAUCCCGCAGCAUUAUCAAAACGGAGGGAUUUGAAAUGUACUGCGUACUAUUUAGAGCUAUAAAUUAAUUAACUAUUGGCAAGGGAAGAGCGAACCAUCGUGCGCUAAGAUUUACCAAUUGGUCCAUUGUUGCCGCGUUGACGCUGAACAAUUAUCCUUAUUGCGAAAGGGACUACAUCUUAUACUUUGGGAGAUCUGUUUGUUUCUUUCUGCCACAACACCGACCGGGUUCCUUCCAGUCGCAAGAGGAGGAAAUAUUCAGCUGCAAAAUUGUCCCAAGUCUCUCCCGAUGGAUUUAGCACUUUCUGCAGCGUGAACCCCAAAAAAAGGAGCCGGGCGCGCGAGUCUCAUUCUGUUGUGAGAGCACAAUCUGUUCAGGCUGAAGUGGACUUUGCGCCGCAGCUAGCUCAUUGACUGCACGCUCACCACCGAGCAGCUGUCCUUCAUGUUUUGGUACUUUUGAUGGAUUUAUACAUUUACUAGACUGUUUCUGAGGUUUUCACCAAGGCGCACACCGAAGACAAUUACCGUAUAGCCUACCUAAAAAUAAAGGAUUUGGCAGAAACCCACAUGAAGAUUAUAUUCCAAUAUUCACCUGGAACUAGGAUAAUUUGGUGCCUAAUCGAACUGUAUUAAGGCUUGAUUAUUGAGAACAAAGAAGAAAAGAUCCAGUUUGAGGUGUGUGUUGAGUUUUCCAAUGCUCGGAAUUGGUGUGUGAAGCCAGGGUUACAACCCUUUCUUUUUUGCUAUCACACAUAUACAAACAUCUGCAAGAUGGUGAAUCUCAACACGGUCUGCAUCAUUAAACUCUGUCUGACUGUUGGACUCCUGGCCAAGGCCAUGAGGUCAGAGGAAGGAAAAACAAAAGACAUGAGAGGGUCUCGGCCACUCAUCUUGCCUGGUUACCCGGAGAACGCCACGGCAGUGGUGGGGGGGCAGGUGAAGCUGCUGUGUAAGGUCCACCGUCCGGCCUUCACCAAGGUCCAGUGGCUGAAGAGAGACGGAGAACGUCUGGGAGCCGAGGGCCAGCCGUACCUUAGGGCGCUCACAGCCCUGCAGAGCAACAUCUCCAAGGUGAACACUCUGUCUCUGGACAACGUGUCUCUGGAGGACGCUGGGGAGUACAUCUGCAUGGCUGAGACUGACACACACGCCAGACAUCAGACACAGUCCAUGCAGUCUGCCUGGCUACAGGUUCUACCAGGGACCCUGAUCUCUCGUUCCCUGGACCAGAGUUCGGCCAUUGAAAUCCCAGCAGAUGUCCUGGAAGACCUAAGCGAGGACACCACUGAGCACCUUCUCCUGGAACCAGGGGAUGUCCUCAAACUGCGCUGCGACACCAACCGUCCAGGAGGAGUGCACUGGUACAAGGAGGGAGCCCGGGUGUUGCACACUGCUCGUAUCCAGAUCCGCGGUGGCAUUAUGGAGAUCACAGACGUGACCUACGAGGACUCUGGGGUCUAUUUGUGUGUUCUCCGUGGAACCAAGGAGCCCCUGAGGAACUUCACCAUCAGUGUAGCAGACUUCUUGGGCUCAGGUGACGACGACGAGGACAAUGGCCUAGAAGACACGUCGGCUGAGAUUGAAAAUGACCACGUCUACUCCACAAGAGGUCCCCACUGGACUCAUACCCAGCGCAUGGAGAAGAAGCUGUACGCGGUGCCAGCGGGGAACACGGUCAAGUUCCGUUGCCCAGCCAUGGGCAGCCCUUUGCCCUCCAUCCGCUGGCUGAAAAACGGACGGGAGUUCAGGGGAGAGCACCGCAUUGGAGGGAUCAAGUUGAGACAUCAGCACUGGAGCCUGGUGAUGGAGAGUGUGGUGCCUUCUGACCGUGGGAACUACACCUGCCUGGUGGAAAACAGAUACGGCUCCAUUGCGCACAGCUACCUCCUGGAUGUUCUGGAACGCUCCCCGCACAGGCCCAUCUUGCAAGCCGGACUGCCCGCCAACACGACCGCGGUGGUAGGCACCGAUGUCCAGUUCUUCUGUAAGGUCUACAGCGACGCCCAGCCCCACAUCCAGUGGCUGAAGCACAUCGAGAGGAACGGCAGCCGCUACGGCCCAGACGGGACUCCCUAUGUUCAGAUACUGAAGACAGGCAGCCUAAACAUGUCGGAGGUGGAAGUCCUCCACCUGACCAAGGUGACAAUGGAGGAUGCAGGAGAGUACACCUGCCUGGCCGGGAACUCCAUCGGCUUCUCCUAUCAGUCGGCCUGGCUGACCGUCCUCUCGGAAGAGGACGCGGCGGACGAGGACCUCACAGAGACCAGGUACACGGACAUCAUCAUCUACGCGUCUGGCUUCCUGGCUCUUGUCAUGGCCGUGGUGAUCGUGGUGCUGUGUCGGAUGCAAGUCAACCCCAGCAGAGAGCCCUUCGAUGUCCUUCCUGUGCAGAAGCUCUCCAAGUUCCCCCUUCGCAGGCAGUACUCGGUGGAGUCCAACUCUUCAGGGAAGUCCAGUGCAUCUCUGAUGAGAGUGGCCCGCCUGUCUUCCAGCUGCUCCCCCAUGCUUGCUGGAGUCAUGGAGUUUGAACUCCCCUAUGACCCCGACUGGGAGUUUCCCAGGGAGAAUCUGACAUUGGGGAAGCCCCUGGGUGAGGGUUGCUUUGGUCAGGUGGUCAGAGCUGAAGCCUAUGGGAUCAACAAGGACCAUCAGGAGAACGUCUCCACUGUGGCCGUUAAGAUGCUCAAAGAUGAUGCCACAGACAAAGACCUGGCAGAUCUCAUAUCAGAGAUGGAGCUGAUGAAGGUGAUGGACAAGCACAAGAAUAUCAUUAACCUCUUGGGAGUGUGCACACAAGACGGUCCUCUGUAUGUGCUGGUGGAGUAUGCAUCUAAAGGCAGCCUGCGGGAAUACCUGCGGGCCCGCCGGCCGCCUGGCAUGGACUACACCUUCGAUGUGACCAAAGUGCCCGAGGAGCAGCUGACAUUCAAAGACUUGCUGUCCUGUGCCUACCAGGUGGCCCGUGGCAUGGAGUACCUGGCCUCCAAAAGGUGCAUUCACAGAGACCUCGCAGCCAGAAAUGUCCUGGUCACGGAAGACAACGUGAUGAAGAUCGCGGAUUUCGGCCUCGCGAGAGGGGUGCACCAGAUCGACUACUACAAGAAAACCACCAACGGUCGUCUGCCCGUGAAGUGGAUGGCACCGGAGGCCUUGUUCGACCGAGUCUACACGCACCAGAGUGACGUGUGGUCGUUUGGGGUGCUGAUGUGGGAGAUCUUCACGCUGGGCGGCUCACCGUAUCCCGGCAUCCCCGUGGAAGAGCUCUUCAAGCUCCUGAAGGAAGGCCACCGCAUGGACAAACCCUCCAACUGCACGCACGAACUCUACAUGAAGAUGAGGGAAUGCUGGCAUGCUGUGCCCACACAACGACCUACCUUCAAACAGCUGGUGGAAGAACUGGACAGAGUGCUGCUGUCUAUUUCUGAUGAGUACCUGGACUUGUCGACACCCUUUGAACAGUACUCCCCGUCAUGCGAAGAUACCUCCAGCUCUUGCUCGUCGGACAAUGACUCUGUCUUUACCCACGAUGCCCUGUCUACCGACCCCUGUCUUCAGGGUUACCACGACGUGCAUUCUCGGAUAGAGCUGAAAACGGCACUACGGUAAAGCAGCUCCAACGGGAGUCAUCUGGCUCAGAGGAGAAAAAUGCAUGAAAAGCGGUACUUGGGCUGUCCACUCUGGCACUGUGCCUAAAGACAUUGUCUCAAAUCAUGGCACUGUUGAACCCUGGUCAUCUAAAGACUGCCUCUUUCUCUUUCUCAUCUGGUUUGGGGUUUUUUACAGUAAAAGUACUCUUUUGUAUUCGGAUCUAUCCAGUGAGAAUGGACAAUGGUCUUGUCCUCAAACUCAUCUGAGCUAACAUCCGAACAGUAUCCAAACUGGGUUUCAUACCAGAAAGACUUUUUAACAAAAACAAUUUAUUUUGCUAUGAAAAAACAGAGAAACUGAUUGUUAAAUAUAAAUCUCUCUAUAUAUAUAAGAUUAUUUUACAUUUUGCUAUUUAAAAUUGUCUGAAAUCUCAGGAUCUCUUGUGUUAAAAAGUUGCUAGUGAGGCAGCAAAGUGCCUCGAUUUUUGAUUUCCUGUGAAUAUAUAAAAAUAUUUUAUGUACAUAUCACAAAAAGACAAUUAGCUUUUAUAAAUUAUUCUAAAUGAUACAAAAAUGAAGGUGUUCUACUGCGGUAUAAAGAAAGAAACAACGUAUUCAAGGGGUUUUAACGGCCAAAACGUCCUUGCGAUUCUCAUUCCGUUUAAUCAGACACCCUCAGCCCCCUGUUUGCACGCAGCUCUGGCCUUUGCAUGGCAUUGAGGCCAAUCGGUCAAAGCCCUUAGGACUCCCAAUCCCUUAUGCUUUCAAUUGUUGUAUACAUAAACUAACUGUAAGAACAGUAUGGUCUCAGGGUCCAGGCCCUGAAAGAGAAGAAUACAGUUUAAUACAGGAGAGUGUGGGGAGAACGGGGGAGCAGAACAGCUUCUACUGUCAGUGUUGUAUGAAUAGAAAGGACUGGACCUGAAUGUGUGAAUGUGAAAGGCCCAGUGUGAUUGAUUUCAAAUGGGAGAAUCCUCCUCUUUUGUUUCCCCCGGUAACCCUUUAACCAGGCCUAGUGUGUUGCAGGGGUACAGGCAGAGGCCCCGCCUGGACAAUAGUGCUUUUGGCAGUCUUGAUGGGUGUGACUGUGGGGACAGACAGGGUCGGGUGGGCCCUCUGCCUGGGUCUGUGUGCAAAUGAAGAGUCCCUUAUUAUUAUGUUAAUGCCUGGCUCCCACUGAUGCCCAUCUUUAUCCUGCUACAGUCUGUUAAUAUACACAUGCUAAUUCUGAGGCGCUGUUACCGUUGGAGAGAUCUAGGGAAUGCAAAGGGUUCACCUGGAAUCUUCUAGACCAGCCCGAUGUUUCAGCAACGCUUCUCAGCCAUACCGCCUUGAGCUGUUAUGCACACAGAUAACGUAAAGGUAUUUUCAGUAUAACGAUAGCGAUGUUAUGGGUUGAAAAGCAAAGGUUAAUGUCCACACAGGUAGCCCUGGGCAGUGAUGAUGACUACUUUCUGGCCUACAUUCAUUUCCCUACUGUCUAGUUAUUGAUUUUGCUUGUACUCAUUUUUAGAAGCAUUUUUUUCUUUUUUUGCAUUUUGUCUCAAAUGACUAAAAUGUUUUCCCUAUAAGGCAGCUAUACCAAUGUAUGACCUCCGAUUAAAAACCAAAGCAUUAUCACAAGAACAACCCUUCAACAUCAAGAAUUGGAUCUGAAAAAUAUUCCACAUCAGGGUCAACUGCAUGACAUUCCAUGUAUGUACUUCCAAUACAACUGUAACAAUCACAAUGUUCUUAAACAUUUUUCCU